AUGGUCAACAUGGCCAAAGGGGUGCUGAACAGGUACGCCCUGGAGGAGAACGGGAUCACAUUCAAUCGGGAAGUAGUUGGAUCGACUGGGCUGCGCAAGAUAUUGGGUAAGCAAGCCGAGAUUCUUGCUACACGCCUCCUUGAUUUUCGCAGGUUUGCGCCUCAAGAACGGGCGAAGACUCUGUGUUGUUACGCCCAGAAGAUUGUCGUAGCCUCAGAAUCGCGCUGGAUGGACUUUGUGAAGACACUCUUUGAGCCAAUGAUAACGCGAGCGCGCAACUUUGAAGGCGCAACUACGAUUGGGAUUAGGGAAUUCGAAAAGUCUCUUCGAGUCGACGCGGGAGGUGACUAUAUCUGGGAUGCUGCUGACUCCGUGCGGUCGGCAACAGCGCCGUGGGAUGCACAAAUGCUCACACGACCGAAGCCCGAUCUUUUUAUAUCCCUUCCAACCAUCCAGGCGCAUAGAGCACCCAGAGGAUUCGCACGGGAGCCCGUUCUAGGGACUUUCCGGGCCGAUAGAUUACAGUUGCUGGAGGAGACGAGGGGCGUGGUAUCUAGCCCACUGAAACUCAUUGGGGACAGAAUAGUAGAAGCAAAGGAUUGCCUUUGUUUCCCAUGUGUGGUCCUUGAAGCGAAGCAUCACAAGGUCAGCCAGGCAGAAGUGGAAAAAUGUCAUUGUCAGGCUGCGAACGGUGCUGCAAGCGCACUUGCUUUGCUUAAUAAUCUUACUAUCGAUUGCCUUGAAUCCGGUGUCAAGACAGACAUGCGGCCCGUGGUGAUCAUCACUCUGAACGGGCAGCGAACACGUCUUUGGAUAGCAGGGAUCAAACAGAGAAGAAUCCUUCAAGGGGAUGAUUCAAACGACAGGGACUACGACGUGCGAGAGUGGACCAGGCAUAUGCAGUGUAUUUGGAAGGGGGAUGUGCACUUUGAAGAGUCGAUGAUGGAGCUUAUAUGCAUCAUCGACAGCCUGGAAAAAUGGAUCAUUGAUGAUUUUCGUCCAUGGGUAUCAGGUAACUUGGACAGACACUAUCGAGAGAUGGACCUGGAAGUUGAAUAUUAUGGAGCGGGAGACUACAGCUCCGACGAAGAGGAGGCUAGUAAUGACCGUGAGUAUAGCGCCUCGGAGACCUGUGAGGAGUACGAGGCAACGGAGGACGGGGAAACGGAUGAGGAAGAGAAGAAAUGGGAUAAGGACUGGAUAGUCCCGGAAAGCGAGGAUUCCGAAUCUGAACUGGACUCCGACAAUGAAGAUUAUGAUGAGUAUGUGCAGGAUCUAGCUAGAGCGGACAGUCUCAUGGCGGAGCUCUCACUGAACGAUUCCGCUAGGUUGGCUAGGGGUGUCCACCGGUUCAUCGAAGUGCGGAGGGAGUUAGAAGUAUAG